GUUUCGCGAGCGCAGUCACGAGAAGAGACUCGGCGAGUGAGUGUUGUGUGCGUCUGUUUCCGAUCAGUGUACACGUUCUCUCACACACAGCGACCGAGUGUUCAAUAGCGCCCUGUUUUUAUUUCGGGAGGGUUUUUUGAGACCACAGUGAACGAGACCAGACUGUGGGGAGAACCAGGGAUUUUUUCUGCAAGUUUUUCCCCUUUGUUUUCUUUUCUUUUUUUAAACGAAAGGAGGAUUGUGGUUUUGGUGCUUGUGGCCGCAGAGAUGAUGGUCGGGGGGGAGAUCGAAUUGAAGGAGAGACCCAGGCCGAGUCCUGACUAUUUAAUGCAGUUACUGAACGAGAAGAAACUCAUGACCAGUCUGCCGAACCUGUGCGGUAUCUUCACACACCUGGAGAGACUGCUCGAUGAAGAGAUAAACAGAGUGCGGAAGGACAUGUACAACGACACGGUGAGUGGUUUGGUAGACAAACACCCUCUGGAGCUUCCCGAGGCUCACGGUCCCAUCGUCCACCUGCAGGAGAAACUGUUCGUCCCAGUCAAAGAAUACCCUGACUAUAAUUUCGUAGGCCGGAUUCUGGGGCCACGAGGUCUCACAGCCAAGCAGCUGGAGGCAGAAACUGGUUGCAAGAUCAUGGUCAGAGGAAAGAGCUCCAUGAGGGACAAAAAGAAGGAGGAGCAGAACCGAGGGAAGCCGAACUGGGAGCACCUGAACGAGGACCUGCACGUUCUCAUCACAGUAGAGGACACACAGGCGCGAGCCGAGAUCAAGAUGAGGAGAGCUGUGGAGGAGGUGAAGAAGCUCCUGGUGCCGGCGGCGGAGGGAGAAGACAAUCUGAAGAAGAUGCAGCUGAUGGAGUUGGCCAUCCUUAACGGAACCUACAGAGACACCAAUGUUAAAGCCCCGAACCUUGCGUUCUCUCUUGCAGCGGCGGCCGCAGCGGCUCAGGGCCCUCGGCUGAUUGCCGCCUCCACUGGUCAGGUACUUCCACCUGCAGCUCUGCGCCCCCCAAACCCAGCUGGCGCACCCAUCAUGAACCUCAUCCGUCCUGCGCAGAUGCCCACCAUGCUGCCCAACGCCACUCCGACGCUGGUGCCCCCAGCACCCGAUGCAGGCAUCAUCUACACCACGCCCUAUGAUUACCCGUAUGCCCUGGCUCCCACCUCUCUCCUGGAGUACCCUAUCGAGCAUGGAGGAGUCCUAGGUAAGUGGGCGUGGGGGCUCGGUGCUUCAGGCUUUGGCAGGCAUCAGGAUGGCACCGCCGCAACAUUUUACAGGGGCACCUUGGACAUGGCGAUACCAAGCCUUGCACAGGACUUAGUCCAAGGUGCAAUGGCUACUAAAGUGCGGAGACAUGACUCACGGGUCCAUCCUUACCAAAGGAUAGUGACCGCAGACAGAGCCGCCACCGGCAACUAACAAAUGACCUCUGACCUCUGAACUCUUCACCCAAUGAUGAGCCGCCCCAGGCCUGCCUGCUGAUCAGAUUAACUGGUAAUUGCCUUUUGCUAGCCUGUUGGACGCUGAGAAACCGAGAGGCACCUGUGACCCUAACACACAAACCAACACAAACCGCAACAAGAUCAAAUGCCUACAAACCGAGGAGUUGUGUGAUGAUUUUAUGUUAGGCGUUUGUUUAUUGAAUGUGUAACAACCUCUUUUUUUUUUUCUUCUUCCCCCUGCUUGUUUCUUUCUUUUUUCUUUCUCAGUCCCUGAUACUUGGGUGAUGUUUUUGGUAGCAAAAAUCUGCACUGACUUAAUAAGCAAUAAAAAACCCAUGUAUUAUUUUCUCCCUUACCUGCACAUCCCAGCUACGUUCUAAUUACGAUUCGGAACGAUCAGGAUGCAGAUUCAAAUUCAUGGAAACCUGCAAAUAUCUAAAUUUUGUAGAAUGAAAAGGAAGAAGGAAAGAAACCCACUCACACAAACUUGUCAUUGUCAUGUGUAGCAAUUUGUUUUUAAUAUACUUUUUCUUUCAUCUAUUCAGUUUUCACAAUGCUGACACAUUCUGGGCGCGCCUAUCUAGCUGACCCUGAGUGCAUGGCUAAAAUGAUGGACUGCUUGGGGGGCGGGGGGAACACGCUUUUUCUAUUUCUUUGUGCUUUUUUAUUUUGAUAUUAGGGGGAAGCUUAAUCAUACCUGCAGUAUGGGUGCCAUCUCAGGCGUGUGGCAGGUUGGGGUUAAGAAGAGUAUUCCAGAGUAUUUUCAGUAAUCUUAAAUCUAGGAUUUUUAUGGCUGCGGAGAUUUGGGCAGGAAGAGUUUAUGCUCACCUACGCCACCCCAAACACCCCAGCCUCAAAAAUACAGUGCCUGAAGUUUAUAGAUAUUUUUGUUGUUUUUGAAUGAGCCGUGAGACAAAAGGCAAAAAAAAAAGUAUUGUGUGCAUAUUUAGCCAAAGGGUUAAAAUUUGAUAAAUUUCUCGAUAUAUACAUUUAUGUAUCUAAGUGCAGAUGGUUUGUUCUUUUAGACUAGACUAUGAAAAGGUGUGUGAUGUGCUUGUGUAUGUUUGACAUCCAGUCAAAUAGCAUGAAGAGACAAUAAUCCCUCAGCCACUGUGCUUCUCAUUUACGAUGAAUAAAAUCAAGAAACACUACCAAUCAUGGAUGAAUUAGACAGGAAGUGAGGAAAAGAGUUCUGUACAUACCUGCGUUUUAGAUAAAUAUAAAACUUUAUUUUCCCAUUAUGAUUACCUUUUUUUUCAUUAUUAAUUCUUAAACCUUUAAAUAAAAUUGGGUAUCAAUUUUGUUUCCCUUCAUGCGUAAUAGGAUGGAUCAUCUGCAUCCAAGAUUUUUUUUUAAUUGUUGGAGGAAAAAAAAAAAAACCUUAAGGUUAAUCCACAAUGUGUCCCACACUUAAAACAUAAAGUCCUUAGUUCAGCUACUUAACCCAUCAGAGUUGAAUUCUUUCUCAAGAAAAAAAUAGGAUGUGAAAGCCAUGUCUGCCUGUUCAAAUUGCUUUAUACAUGUGAUAUAUAUAUAUAGUAAACAAAAAGAUUAAAAAAUGUAGAUAACAUUAUUGUGUGUUAAGAUUCUGAAAUGAUCAAAAUGAGAUACUUUUACAGGGUGCUGGAGAAAAAAAAUAUAUUUUUGGCAAUUUUAGCUUUUUAUACUUGCAGUUACAAAACGUACAAAAAAAAUAAGAAAAACAGGAAGGAAAGUUGUGUACAAGGUUUUGUUGUUGGUGAUGAAAACCAAGAAGCUUUGGAGUAUUUCCAGUUCAAAGCAUUAAGAGGGAGGGGUUAGAUAUUUGUAAAGGGGGGGAAAAAGUGCCUUAUUGAUGGUUUGGGUUUUUAUUUGUUUUUUCCUCAGAGUUACAUUGUGUUCAGUAAUAUUGUACGAGAGCGACAAUAGUAUUUAGUGCAUCAAGAAGGAGAAAGCUUGAUCGUGUCGAGUUUGAUGGUCGCUCAGCUGUACCACUCAAUCUACUCUAUGCAAAAAGAAUAGCAGUCAUUCGACCAGCUAACUACGUGCCAUGAAUCGUCUUCCCGAGAUUAGGUUAACAUUUCUCUCUGUCUCUCCCUCCCCUCCAAUCCUUUCCCUUUAUGCCAUUUGAACAAAUUUCUUUAAUUUGAGUUUCCAAUCUAUGUCUGUAUUGUUGCUGUUUGAAGCAAACUGCCAUUUAAAAUUUGCAUUUGCAAACUGGAUGUUUUUAUUUUUAACUCCUUUCAUGAGAUGAUGCUUUACCUGAAUUUCCUGUGCAUGUUUUUUUUUUAAGUUAAUUAAAUAAACUUUGAGCUCAUGUUCACACUGAGCUGUUUCAGCUGUUUGACACUUUGUUCCUACAGCUGCACCAAAAGCUCUUACCGAACCGUAUUAAAAAUUGGGAGCCCAGUCCACAGCAUCUAAACAUAAUCAGAGGCUUAAUUGCAUAAUAGGCCAAAAAAUAAAUCUGUAGUGUUUGACUAUGUUUCCACUCAUGGCAGCCUGUUUCACUCUGCUCUCCUCUCAAACUGUUACGCAGGAAAGGUCAGGUUUUUUUUUCUUUUUUUUUCUUGCCCCUCCCCACCAGUGUUAGAUGCUGUUUUUGUUUGUAAUAAAAUGCAAUAUCAGACUGGAGGUUUGAGAAGACAGCCCUGAUUAAAAAGCAGUAUUACGAAACAUGUCCUCUGCGAUGUUACUACAUGCUGUUGGUCAUUGUUUUCUGGUCAAUUUAGUCCAUCAGGUUUAUCAAGAAAUCUCUUGUAUUCUCUCCUGCCUGCCUAAUACAUGUAUAAUAAUGUAAUUUACAAUCACUGUUACAGGUUUCUAAUGUAUUUUUCUAACUUCAUUUUAUAUGUAUACUAUAAAUCACACUUCUGGCUGAUUUUUCCUUCCUUUCUUUUUUGUUCAUUUUUUUGAUGCCCACUACAAUAUUGUUUUUUUUUUUUUUUUUUUUUUAUUUAACUCACCUCUUUUGCUGUCUUAUUCAGAAACUCAAGCCUGUCUUGUUGGGAGUGUUGCCUUUCCAACAGUUGUAUUUAAUUUCCUUGCUUAUCUUUAGCUUGUUUAACUCAUAUUAGUGACUAUUAGUUUUCCUUGUCAAGAUUUUUACAUGCUUGCAUUUAGUUUUCAUGGUGUAUGCUGUUAUUUUCUUAUUAACCCCCUUGCCAUUUAUUUUAAUAAAAUAUUCUUAGUAAGAAUUUUACUAACUUUGCUGAUA